GAGAGAAGACAGUCGAGCGCGAACCAAGAAACUCGUCGGAUCUUACUCACGUAUUCCUCGAUUUUUUUUUGUUUCCACAAGCAUCAGCUAGUGUUAAAGCACGUGACCUGUUUUCGAGAUUAAAUAUCUUACCCAAAGUUUCUAAUUAUGUUUCGUUGCUUUGCUGAAUAAACUAUUCGCACGUGCGGUUAGCGUCUUUCCAACAAAUUCACAGGUUGAAUUUUCCUCUAAAUAAUUGCUUUUCUUUCAUAAUUCCUUAACAUCACUUUUUCAACGUAAAUAUCCUCCACUUAGUUGAACUAUAAAAAUACAAUUGAAAAACAAUGUGAGAUAAUUAUUUAUGUGAACAAAUAAUUGUAUAAAAGUUUGAGAAAGUGAAAGAACAAAUGAAGAAAUAUAAGAAUUAAGAAAAAUAACAGUGAAAAUUUAUUUGUUACGAAAACUUGAACGUUGAAAUCAACUUUUAGUUAAUCUUGUGAGGAACUCCAAAUGUUUAAGAAAUGACGUCCAAUGCAAUCAGAGGAAUUCGUCGAAAAAAAAGUUCAUUGUGUGAGGUGAAAGUAGCAGUGAUAGGAGCACCAGGCGUAGGAAAAAGUGCCUUGACAGUAAGGUUCUUAACGCGACGUUACAUUGGCGAGUAUGAUCAUCAACAGGAAAACAGGUAUAAGCACGAAGUAUUGGUCGAUAGCGAGCCCAUUCUUUUUGAAAUUCUAGACUCUUGCCCCAAGAGAGAAGAUGAGAUGCCGACGAUGGAAAUGUUACAAUGGGCCGAUGGUUUACUGUUGGUUUACUCAAUAACGGACCGAGGUUCCUUUAACUUUGUAAGAAAGGCGAAACAAGCUCUUGCGGUCGCUGACCCCGAAGCUGCAAUGCCUCUGGCAUUGGUUGGAAACAAAGCAGACAUGGUUCAUUUACGACAGGUCAGUACUGAAGAGGGCGAAAUUUUGGCUAAAGACUUCGAAUGUUGGUUCAGCGAAGUUAGUGCAGCCGAACAGGUAACUCAAGUUGCCGAAUCAUUUCAUGAACUUUGUCGAGAAGUAUUGGCAUCUAGGAGGAGGAAUAAACAAUCUCUUUUGGAUAGGAUGCUUGGAAAUAAAGUCACAAAAGUCUAUUCCCGAGGAAAAAGUGACUCUGCUUUACCUAAAGAUUAAUUAACAAUUAAAAGUUACUUAAAAAUUUGUUUGUACAGUGGAAUAUUUUUUUACGCGGCAAGAACAUGCUUAGUUUUUGAGGAAAACUUUGUUUCAAAUAUUUUUCUUUAAAAAUAUUGCCAAAGGCCACGAACUUGUUUAAACUUUAGAAUAAUUUUGUAACACUAUUAAAAAAUUAUUAUGAAAAUGAUGUAGUGAAAGAUGUUCUAUAAAAUAUUUAUUUUUUACUUGUAAAUGAC